GCACUUCUUCCUUCCUUCUCCAGUCCCUUCCACUCUGCGUCUUCUGUCCCCCGUUCUUCCCCAGCGGACCCCUCCUUCGAGACUCCCUAGUGGGGUUCCCAGCUCCCGGGCGCUCUUGCCCUUGCCGAGCGCGCUUUCUGGAGUCACCUGGGGGAGGGGAGUCCUGGGCAGGGCCGGGCUGGGGAAGACGCCUGGGGCACUGCCCGGCGUUAACAAAGGGAGCCGGUACCGACCGGCGUGGGCGCGGAGCGGGCGGCCGCCACCGAGCGUGCUGAGCAACCGCAGCCUCCGCGGCCGAGAGUGCAGCGAGUGAGUAGGGGGUGCGGUGGGCGGCGGCGCGGCCCGGGCUAUCCCGGGAGGAGUGUGAUGCAAAGGGGCGCGGGAGGAUAGCGGAGCCGCGGGGCCCGCGGCGCGCGUAGGGCGCAGGGAAUCUCUCUCCAGCUCCGCCUCAGCUGCCUUGGCUCCGGGGCUGGCCGCCUUUUGGUUGGGGGUGUGUGCAUUUUUCUCUGGGCCAAAGGGCCACCCUGGCUUCUCUCUGGCUCCGCGAGCCUGCGGAUCCACAACAAACCCACGUGCGCGCAGCCCCGGGGAACACGGAUUUCUCCACGGCACCGUCAGUAUUGGGUGGGGUGGCGGGGGGGGCAGUGCGCCUUGCAGAGUCCGGGUUCCUUCAAAUCCUGCCUUCUGGGUUUACGGAUCGACAAAUUGAGGCCCGCGGCAGCGGAGGGGGCACAGGCACCAUAACAAACGCACGUGCGCCCUGCCCGGAGAGCUGGACGCACUGCAUACCCUUAGGGGCCGCCCUGCGGUGCCGGGCCAUUGUCUCAGCCUCGGGGGAGGGAGUGGCUCUAGAGGCGCCACUUGCUGGAAGAGGGCGAGAGAGACAUUUAAAAGGUACCGCUUGGGCAUCAGACUAAACUGCCAGACUUAAAAAGGGAAACCAAAACAAGAAAGCUACAAAAAGGUUACUCCAGGCUGAGUCGGUCCCCGGCCGUGGCGCAUUCUUUUGGGUGAAGUGGACCACCCCUCACCUUCACCUCCUGGAGGUCUCUUAGAGAUGUGGGUUGGGUUAAGGGUCUGAGGGUGCCCCUCAAAAAAAAAGAGAGUGCUGGGCGCACUAUUGUCCCCUCACUCCGGCGAUUGCCUCUGUGGGGAUAUUUUGGUCGCCUCCUCAGCCUGCGGGAAGAAUGUACGAGUCGCCCAGUGCGGUCUUGCUCUUUGCCUCUGAGGCCCGUGUCCGUGUGCCCAGACACCCCAGAUGUCACUAGCCCCUUUUGGCUUGUUAAUGCAUUUUCGCAAGCAAGGCCAGCCGAGACCUCGUGUUCUAGCUGGGGACGUACAAUUUUCAGUUCUGAGUUUAUUUGAAAGAAAUUCCGAGGUCCGGAAAGAGAGGACUCUUGUUUGUUUUGCUUUUUCUUUGCUUACAUAUGCUCAGCUCAGCUUUGCAGAUGUUAAUCGGACACGAUCUGCAGCAGGGAGAUGGUUUCGCGGUGAAUUGGUCUCUGAGGCGAUGGUGUUGGUGCAGGUUGUGGGCGUGCAGUGUGAGCAGGAAUGGAGGCGCCGCCGCCCCAGUGUGUGCCUGCUGAGCGGGCGGGCUGCUGCCUCACCUUGGCUAGUGUGGCUGAAGAUUAACCUGUCCCCGGGGGGAACUGGAGACCCUCCAAUCCUAUUCCGCUGUUAUUGAAAAGGUCUAGAGAGCAUCUAGGGAGCCUUCUCAUUUUACAGGCAGGAAGCUGAGGCCGGAGAGUUCAGCCACUUGUCCAAGUUUAAACCGGGUGAAACGGGCCACAGAGAGAACACUUGAGUGUGGGUCUCCCAACUCCCACUGCAUCGCUCAGCGGGCAACUAAAGGCAAAACCGGGAUUCUGUGAUUGGCUUAAAAGGCAGUGGCCUUAGGCAGAAUAGGGUGAAACAAAGAGUAAUUCAAAUAGAAAGCUGCACCCUUCCAUUAUCCCUUUCAAGAAUUCUUUAUUCUGUUGAGAAAAAAUAGAUUUAGUAAUUCCUUACUCUCCUUCAAGCCUUUCAAAAGCUUAGUUAUUUUUCUCUCCUGGCUGCCCCUUCCCCUCAAAUUGGAAUAAGGCCAGCUACGGAGACUCAGAUGUUUUGCCUCUCAUCCUUGUGCCAGGAGGCCUUUGUUUGGGCAAAAGCAUGGGCUGUUGACAUCAGCCCCACGGGGAAGAAAGUGUGUCUUAGCAAGCUACUCCUGAGCCACUUGUGGGAGAACAAAGCAUUUUCACUGAUCUUAUUAAAGUUACUUUUUUUUAAUGAGAGUCCCAUGGAAGUAGCUGCUUAUUUUUGUAUUUGGCAGAGAAGUAGGAAAACCAAAAAAACACUGAGAAGCCGGAUUUCCCCAAAGUUAACAUGUUGUUUUGCACUGUGCCUGUUAUCUCCUAGUUACACUUGUUUCUUUUCCUUAGAGUUUCCAGCGUGUUUCACUUUCAAUGUGAUUCUGGUAGCAACAGGAGGCAGCUGGAUGCCUAGGCAGAUAGGGUCGGGUACCCGGUGAAACCCCCACAUCCAGGCCAAAGACAGUUUAAAGCCUGAAAGCCAAGCUACGAGUUAAAUCUUCAGACCAGAUGUAUCCUCAUUAUCCUUUGGUGUGGUGCAAGAGCUCGGAACCACCGAACGCGGGUACAAGCUAUAAUACAGUGAGCUGGGACACACCUGCAUGGCCGAGCGAGCACAGGUGGGGCGUUGCUGGCCCGAGGACCAAGAAGAAAAAUCCUACAUCAAUUCCUCUUGGCACUGCAGUAUAGUUUUCUCACCAGGAUGCUGACCCUGAAUAAAUACCUUACAUACACUUUAGACGAUCAGGAAAUCUGGCACCUGGAAAAGAACUGCAUGUCCCAGGAGGAUGGUUCCUCAGCUCCAGCCAGCCUCAGUUCCGGAGGACCCCCCUCAAAUUCAUGGCCCACAAAGGAGAGAGAAGACCUCUGAUCUCUUGUGCCACGCUCACUAUGCUAUGUGAAAUUUGCUAUGUUAGACCGUGAUGUCCUGGAUGGUGGGAAUGAUGACUGGUUUCUCUGCACAGCCCUGGGCCCAGUAUCCUGCCCAGCCCUUAGGAGUCCUCAUGGAAUGAGCUCAGCCCCCCGAUGCUCCUGUUUGUCCACUGAGGCAAGGGGAGAGCCAGUUGCGCAGAGCUCUGCAACCAGCAGUCCAGGGAGAAGUGGUGAAUGUCAUGGAGCCCAGCUGAAAUGGACUGGCCCCCUUGAGCCUGUCCCAAGCCCUGGUGCCAGGUGUCCAUCCCAGUGCUGAGAUGAGUUUUGAUCAUCCUGAGAAAAAUGGGCCUUGGCCUCCAGACCCAAUAAAUCUUCCCUCCCAUGGAGAAUAGUGCUAAUUCCUGAGGACCUGAAGGGCCUGCCGCCCCUGGGGGAUUAGCCAGAAGCAGGCUUGUUUUCCUGCUCAGAACAAAGUGGCUUCCCUGAACACAUCUUCAUUAUGAUUCACACCAACCUGAAGAAAAAGUUCAGCUGCUGCGUCCUGGUCUUUCUUCUGUUUGCAGUCAUCUGUGUGUGGAAGGAAAAGAAGAAAGGGAGUUACUCUGAUUCCUUUAAAUUGCAAACCAAGGAAUUCCAGGUGUUGAAGAGUCUGGGGAAAUUGGCCAUGGGGUCUGAUUCCCAGUCUGUUUCCUCAAGCAGCACCCAGGACCCCCACAGGGGCCGCCAGACCCUCGGCAGUCUCAGAGGCCUAGCCAAGGCCAAACCAGAGGCCUCCUUCCAGGUGUGGAACAAGGACAGCUCUUCCAAAAACCUUAUCCCUAGGCUGCAAAAGAUCUGGAAGAAUUACCUAAGCAUGAACAAGUACAAAGUGUCCUACAAGGGGCCAGGACCAGGCAUCAAGUUCAGUGCAGAGGCCCUGCGCUGCCACCUCCGGGACCAUGUGAAUGUAUCCAUGGUAGAGGUCACAGAUUUUCCCUUCAAUACCUCGGAAUGGGAGGGUUAUCUGCCCAAGGAGAGCAUUAGGACCAAGGCUGGGCCUUGGGGCAGGUGUGCUGUUGUGUCGUCAGCGGGAUCUCUGAAGUCCUCCCAACUAGGCAGAGAAAUCGAUGAUCAUGACGCAGUCCUGAGGUUUAAUGGGGCACCCACAGCCAACUUCCAACAAGAUGUGGGCACAAAAACUACCAUUCGCCUGAUGAACUCUCAGUUGGUUACCACAGAGAAGCGCUUCCUCAAAGACAGUUUGUACAAUGAAGGAAUCCUAAUUGUAUGGGACCCAUCUGUAUACCACUCAGAUAUCCCAAAGUGGUACCAGAAUCCGGAUUAUAAUUUCUUUAAUAACUACAAGACUUAUCGUAAGCUGCACCCCAAUCAGCCCUUUUACAUCCUCAAGCCCCAGAUGCCUUGGGAGCUAUGGGACAUUCUUCAAGAAAUCUCCCCAGAAGAGAUUCAGCCAAACCCCCCAUCCUCUGGGAUGCUUGGUAUCAUCAUCAUGAUGACGCUGUGUGACCAGCUGGAUAUUUAUGAGUUCCUCCCAUCCAAGCGCAAGACUGACGUGUGCUACUACUACCAGAAGUUCUUCGAUAGUGCCUGCACGAUGGGUGCCUACCACCCGCUGCUCUAUGAGAAGAAUUUGGUGAAGCAUCUCAACCAGGGCACAGAUGAGGACAUCUACCUGCUUGGAAAAGCCACACUGCCUGGCUUCCGGACCAUUCACUGCUAAGCACAGGCUCCUCACUCUUCUCCAUCAGGCAUUAAAUGAAUGGUCUCUUGGCCACCCCAGCCUGGGAAGAACAUUUUCCUGAACAAUUCCAGCCUGCUUCUUUUACUCUAGGGGCCUCUGUCAGCAAGACCACGGGGGCUUCAAGAGCCUGUGGUCAGGAAAUCAGGUCCAGCCUUCCCUGUAGCCAGGCAGUUUAUGAGCCCAGAGCCUCCUGCCACACACAUGCACACAUAUCUAGCAUUCCUUCCAGACAGCAUCCUCCCCACCUUCCACCUGGGUAGAUGCAAGGUCUAUCUCUCCCAUCAGGGCUGCCAAAGCUGGGCUUUGUUUUUCCCAACAGAAUGAUGCCAUUCUCACAAACCAAUGCUCUAUAUUGCUUGAAGUCUGCAUCUAAAUAUUGAUUUCACGUUUUAAAGAAAUUCUCUUAAAUUACAAUUGUGCCCAAUGCCGGGUGGCUCUGGGGGGCAAGUAGGUGGUACAGGGGAUUGGAAACAUGCUCCGCGCCUCCAGAAAAAAGUUGCUCCCGAGGUCCAUGCCCCUGGAACGUGUUCCUAUCACUCUGGCUGGUUGGGCUGGUCCUUAGACUGGGUGCUUAUGAUUAAAGGGUCUUGGUUAGCCCACUUUCCCUCUCCAUGUGGAGAUGGAAGGUAGAGAAGGAUACAGUGUCUAUCCUCAAGUUGCUACGGUUCAGUGAGAGAGGCAGACAUCUGAACAGGCAGGUAGGAUUCAGUGUGCUCAGUGCACUGGGGAUUUGGAGAGAGAUGGGCUUGCUCUCUCUGUGCACCCAGGAGGGCCACACACUUAAAACUGUGUUUGUGGAUCAGAGAAGGCUUUAUAGCACAGGGGGCAUUCAGAUGAGUCUUAGAGGAAGAGAAGAAACAUGGCAAGCAGAUUACAUCUGAGCCGUUUGAAUUGUGUUUUUCUUUCUUCCCAUGUUUUUUUUUCUAAGAUCUACCUGAACUUAGAGACUCAAGAUAUUUUUUUAGGAAACCUCCUACCCAUGUCUGAGGUAGCAAGUGCAGCCUCACGACAGAUACCAGGCAAUCCAGAGCCACAAAACCUGAUUCCUCCAGGCUCUGCCUGGCCUGACCCUGUCCUGUCAGCUGGGUUUACAUAUCAGUCCCAUUCUUCCUUUUCAAUACCUACCCCCAAAUCUUCUCCUAACCACCAUCUGUUUUUUUUUUUUUUAAAGCAUUUUUUGCUUUAAAAGCAUCCUGACCCCAAUUUCUUUGAGCUCACGGGCCUUUUGCCGAAGGUCUCUCAGGGUGUAGUGGUGUGGCUCUCUGGACUUACGUCACUCUCAGAGGUCAGAACCUUGGAGAUCAGAACUGAUUCUCACCAGGUGUGAGAGGUGUGGUAGCAGAUUGCAAUGCUCUGCACCUCUUCUUUGCAAGUGAGCAACUUCAGGCUCUCUGGGCAGAGGCUGGCCCACUGUAGUUUGCAGACAUGCUCUCCAGAUGGUUUUACUAAGUCCCCUCUCCCUGAUAGGGAAUCCUGCUGGACCAGCGCAGCCCUGGUGUGGAGAGGUUAAAAGACUUGCACAGGAUCACCAAGUCAUGCUGUAGAGCCAGGGUUCCUAGACCCAGGGCUCUGCACUCUCAAGGCUGGCCCCAUGUGCUCAAGGGGAUCUAAUGUUUGGGCUCCAAACCAACGAUCUCGGAGCUGGGCUCCUCAUUUACUGCCAAACCCUCAGCUUAUGUAGCUAGAAAGGGCCCUGGAGUGAGAAAGCCUGGAUUUUCAAAUUGAUGCUCCCCUACUGACUAGCUGUGCCACUCUGGGCAAAUGCUCUUCCUUGAGCCUGUUUCCACACCUGUAAAGUGGGGAUGAUGAUCCUAUCUCACUGCUUUUGUGAGGAUUACAGGAAAGCACCUGUCCUGGCUCUGUACCUGGCACGUAGUAGGUGCUCAGUUCAUGCUGGUUUCCUUCCUGCCUUCAGUAGGGACCUGCUCUGUGCUCACACCUCGGCUGCACGCACCCUGCUGUGACAGAGGCUAGUGUGGAAGAGGUCCUGUCCUCAGGGAAUUAACUGUCUUAUUGGGAGACAACAACUAUCCUCCUUGGAACACCCAAGAAACCAUGCAAAGCAGUGGACAACACAGAACACACCCUCCUCCUCGCUGCCUGCAGCUCCAAUCUGAUUCUGCUUGGGAAUGGGCGGAGCACGUGGGCUGCUUAACUGCUGUAUAGGACAAGCCCCUUACCCCUCUCUGGGCCCAUGAAUUCCUGGCUUGGUUUAUGUUCUGAUUUGACACACUGAUUUUAAUCUUCGAAUCAUGACACUGAGUGCCGAGGAGGUGGCAUUCCGACAGCAGGACAUACAUGUUGGUGUGAAGACUGGGACGACACUGGGUAGAAUCUAGUUUUUAAUUAUUAUUAAUAUAAAGGAUCAAAUUAAUUUAAAUAUGAUUCUGAAGUCUACAGAACUUUUAGUUCUGUGCUGUCUAUGUGGACACUUUGGUAAAAUGCAAAUUAUGAUAUGGACGUUAUCAUUGGUCUGGUGAGAUGUUUCAUAUUUGUGACAGUUAAUUUAAAAAUUAUGACUUAAUGCUGCCUGUGUCUAUGGGGUUCUGUCUUCUUUGAUAGCCAUCUAUUCAUCUGGAUCAUGGGACCCUCUCUAAUCCUUCCACCAAUCAAAUAAGCUAUUGCUAGUGGUUUGGAGUUGAGAUAUCAGUCUCGGAAACUUCUGAAAAAUGCCUAAUUUUUCAGAAAAUUCUGAAAAAUGCUAAUAAUUACCCAAGGAUUAUGUCAAAUUUUAAAAUAAAUGUGUGUGUGUUUCUUUAA